CCCACCCGUGCGUGAGUCUCCCACCUGCUAUCCUCAGCGGCCAUUGCCCAUCCAGCCAGCAACUCCUUGAGUUAACUUCUUGUGGUUACCAAAGAGCCGAUUUCAAUCAGCACUCCUUCGGUCGACACUAGGAAUAUUUGGACACUUUCCCGUCAGAAUCGUCCAGUCGCCUAACCUUACAAGAUGAUGCGGCGGUGCGCGUCCAGGGCUGCUGACUGACCUGACUCGUGGAAGGCCCUGCACCAUGGCAGGCCGAAGGAAAGCAGCGGCCGGUGGUGAGGACCGCGCCGCCAACCCGGCGCGACAUGCUCCCUUCUCCAAUGAUGAAUACCACAACAGUGGUGACGAUAGUGACGAGGACGUGAUCACCGAUUACUUAGCAACCACGGGCGCCUCGUCGAGCUGCGAGGGAGCCAUGGCUCACCAAACCUCGGGGCCGCUGGUGCCCAUCAUCAGCGUCACCCCUCACUCCCCAGCAUCCUUGCAAUACCCAGUUCUAGAUGACAAUAUAUUCCAACUGCACGCCAUUCACGAGUGCAUUCAGCAGAUGCGCGAAACGUCGGCUCAGGCAUUCAACCAACAGAUGCUGCAGCUGAACCAGUAUUCAAGGCUGAGCGUGUCAUGCCCGACGCUGAACAACGAUGGCAACCCAGAAAUCGACUUCACAACGUCGGUAAGCUCAUCUCCAACCCAGCAGGAGUCGAGCAGUCAGUUUGGUAGUGCUCACAACACACCACAAGGAAUUCCUGCGUCUACCUUUAGAGUUAAUUUAGAAGAUAUAUUUACCAAGCGAAAUGGAGAUGAGCCAAAACGAAGGCGGAGUUGGACCUCAUUGAGUGAUGUUAAUUUUAACAAGAAAAAGAAGGAACCUGAAAGACAGAGGAGUAGCAUCAGUUUGAGCAGUAUGGACUCAGAUCAAGACGACCCGUUCUCGGACCAACCAGACGUGGACGCCACCAACAGCACUAUGUAUUUGAUCAACAACAACAACAGCACUAAGUUGGCUCGACCAGCGGCCAAUGCGAAGACUAGGCGCGCCAGUGGCACUUUGAGCCCUGUCAGCAGCAAUCUGUGGAACCUUGGCGGUCAGUCGACUCACUCGCUCAAUGAAGAGGAUCUUCAAAACGAGUUCAACAAAGUUGUCGUGGUGAGGGGCGAAACAGAGAGAUUGUUACCAGCCAGACUUCCACUGCAGAAGUCUGUGUCGACUCCGUCGAUCAUAGCCGUGAGGGACGUGGCAAGUGAAAAUGCCGCAGCGGCCCCAGCUGACUUAAACUCUGAGACUGUGCAUGCUACCAUUCUGAAUCCUACUGAUAAGCAUGAUUUUGUUUGUUUUGUUUGGCACCGUAGAGCAGGGGUACAAAGACCAAGUGGCACCGAAAGCGAAACUGAGGAGGAUGUGCCUGGUGAUAUUCUCAUGGAGGUUAACAUUAGCAAACUGUUUCCUUAUCCUAUCAAACACGCUUCUAAUUAUGAGCUGCAUGAGGCGAAGCAAAGAAAGAGAGGGAGCAUUUUCUUCAGAAAGAAAAAGGACAAGUCUAAGAAAACUGUGCAUCAAUGGGUGGCUGUUUCGUAUGGAUCGCCACACGGCUGUGACUGGUGCUCGAAAGUUCUUACCAACAAACCAGCGCUAUAUUGCGAAAAUUGUGCUGUGACAGUGCAUCAAACUUCAUGCAUGGAUCAAAUAGGCGAGUGCAGUAAAACAAAAACCACUAAAAGCAAUCUUGCAAAAGUGGCUGGCGGUUUGGGCAGUCACCUACCUGGAACUAAGAUGCAGGGCAAGCGCAGUUUGGGCACCGCGCCAGCGACAAACUCUAACAGGAGAAGUACUUGCUAUUCACAGUGGAGAAGAGUAGCAACCAAACUCGGCGUUAACCAAAUCAUAAAUGAGGAAAAGGAAGCUGACCACCAUCACAAACACCAUGGCCACCAUGACAACGUCUCAGAUGAGACUCAGCUGUUGCAUGAGUUUGUAAAUGAAAGCCCCAUCACUGCGCAGGACCUAGACACAGAUCCCUUUUUAGGAUUGCAUGAAGAUGAGCCGGAUUCGUGGACGCCGACAGUGGGCAAGGAGGUUACGAAGCGGUUGAAGGACAAGGAAAUCAAAAGACAGGAGCACAUUUACGAGUUCAUCCUGACGGAGAAGACCCACUGUCUGACCCUGCGGGUGAUGCAAAAGGUGUUCGUUGAAGGAAUGCAAAAGUACUUCCAGCUGGGCAACCUGGUUGACAGAAUGUUUCCCCGGCUGAUGGACCUGACUGAGAUCCACCUGUCGUUCCUGCACAAGCUGCGAGAGAGACAGAAGUCGAGCGCGCCCGUGAUUGAUUCGAUUGCUGACAUCAUCCUUGAGCAGUUUUCUGGAGCUGAGGCGGCCAAGCUGAAGUCAGCAUAUGGCGAGUUCUGCAGCAGGCACAGAGACGCGGUUGACUUGUACAAGGAUUGUGUGCAUCAGGACACGAGAUUGGAAGCGUUUUGCAAACAUUGCCAACUGAACCCGUUGUUGAAGAAGAAAGGAAUCCCUGAGUGCAUCUUGUUUGUGACACAAAGACUUACCAAGUACCCUCUUCUCAUUGAACCACUCAUCAAGACUGCCAAAGACAAUAAGCCUGAGCAAGAGAAGCUCUCUAGGGCACUAGCCUUGGUUAAAGAAAUCCUAGUUGAAGUUGAUGCACAAGUAGCCGAGAAGGAGAAGGAGGACAGAAAACUGGAAAUAUACAACCGCAUUGAUGCUAAAUCUUUUACCUCUUACAGAGGGAAUAAGAAAUUCAAAAAGUCAGACAUCCUGUCAGCAAAUAGAAAACUUAAAUUUGAAGGCUACGCGACACUGAUGCAGGGGCGCAACAAGAUGCAGCUCGUGCUGGUGAUCGUGCUGUCUGACAUGCUCUUCUUCCUGCUGGACAACAACAACAAGUACUCAUUCUUCACGCCUGACAACAAGGCGUGCGUCGUGUCCUUGCAGAAGCUGCUGGUGCGCGAAAAGGCGGGCCAGGAUACGCGCGGCAUUUACCUGAUCUCAUCCAACCCUAACGAGCCCGAAAUGUUCGAGUUGAAGGUGAUCAAGCCCAAGGAUAAGCUGGCGUGGAUCAACGCUAUCCGCGCCGCCGUCCAGGAAUGUCCAGAGGAGGACGAGGAGCGGCCUGCCCUGGGCAGCGAGGAUAAUCAGAGUCUACUCUUCUACAAGCAGGUGCAGAUUAACCAAAUUAUCGGCGUUCUGCGGCAAAAAGACUUGGAGCAGGCACUCAUCCUAGAAGAGAAAAUGGCCUUGCAGAUUAAGCUCUUGGCCGCCUCUGGUCAUGAGAACCUUCCCGAUCCGCCAAACUACAGUCAAAUCGUGUCUGAAGACGCCGACAUCAACGCAAUCUGGAAGGAAGUGUGUCAUGCAUUCCAUGAGAUGACCCAGCUGGCGAGCACGCUCUACGCGUCAGGUACGAACUUGUCGCGCAGCGUAAGUUCAGUCGGCGAGCACCAGAGCGAUGCCUAUGUUUCUCCAACGCUACCUAAGCGCGCCGAGACUUUUGGCGGCUUCGAUAACGCCAACAAGGAGCAGUUGCAGAGCUUUCUGACCAAAGCGUUUGGCAAGAAGCAGAAUCAAAAGGAGCAGGCUACUUCCGCGUCUUCCAUUCCUGAAGGAAAAGUUGCUUCACACAAGACUCCCAACGAGCGAGGGUUGUGGAACAACUUUCACCUGGCGCCUGUCCCACCUGGCGUGGUCAAUGCCAAUAUUUUGGCUCUGGAUGGAAUCUGCGAGCUGCCUCACAUGAUGUCUCUGAACCAAGAGCAGCAGCUGGCUGCCUUCAAUCUGUCUAACUACUUUUAUACAAUCCUUAGCCUACUUGCAAAUCAAAUGACUACCAUAGAUAGCUUACAAGCCACACUCUCAGUGAUUAAGCAGAUGCAGGAGGACCGAAAGCCGGUGUAUCGGCACAACCAGCAGCUGGAGGAGCUGCGGAAUCUGCAGGACAAACUGACGCAGGAGCGCGAGGCGUGGACGAGGAUUAAGGAGGCAGAGGAACGCGAUCUGGAGGAGCGCCGCACGGAGCUGGUCAAGAUGCAGGAGCGGCUGAAUUACGAGCAGGCCGACAUCAUCCAACAGCGGGAGACGCUUCACCGCCGCCUUGAGAUGCUCACCAGCCAGAACAUCUUAAUCAGUCCCAAUAUGCCGAUGAUGAUCUCGGCUAACAACGCUGACACCUCUAGUGGCAGCUGCGCCACCGACGUUGAGUCGCCCAGCGCGCCUCCUUCCGCAGCGACGGCCGCGUCGACGCCGUCGCCGCCCGCCGACGUACGGCGUAAACUGGACGGAAAGUGGAAGACACAGACGCAGCCGCCAAGCAACGGCUCCAAGAGCAGCCUGCCGCCCAACCUCAUCAGCGCCACCAACAUGCAGAAAACUGGCCAGGGCGUGCAGGUAAAACGCGAAAAAGUGAAGCAGCAACUGCCGUUGAAGCUGGCCAAGCUUGGCAGCGGGCUGAGCUCGACGUCGAGCAGCGCAUCCCUCCUGCAGCAGCAGCAGACUCAGUCACACGGCGUGCAGCAGAUGCUGCCAAUGAAGCUGAGCCAGGGCGAGGGUCAAGGGCGGGUGGGCAUGGUCGGCUCGCCGGGCAGCGGCUACCAGCGGCUCAGCUCGAACAGCUUCGGCCCUGCGUCGGUCAGCCCGAAGGAGGCCGGUGGCGGCCACGCGGCCAGCGCGCCCACGCACGUGCGCACCGGCAGCAGUCCGGCCAUGAUGCAGCAGCACCCGGUCGCCGUCGGUGCCACGCUGCCCUGGGCCAACACUGAGGCGAAGAGUAACUCGAAGGCGUCGCCAAAAUCCAGCGAGGAGGAGGUCAUCUACUUCUAAGGAGCUUCUUCCACACUAAACACUUAAUUGUCUCUCUCAAGCAGGCCUAACGUUUGUCCGCGCCUUUUUUACGUCUUUGUUUUAAUCGCUUUCUUAUAUACAUAUUGUAUACACGUACACAAGCAUUCCGACUGUCUCUUUUAACUUGUUUGUUUUUUUCGAGGAGGAAAGGAAACCAGCAGGAUCUUUACAACUUGCUCGCAAUAAAUACAAGUAUGCUCGCGUUUUGUGUUGUAUCGCAUAGGCAUUCCGCAAUAACCGUGACAUCAAUUGAAGAACUGUGAAUUGUAUGAACUUAGACGUAAUAUUUAUUUUGUCACCGAUGUUCUGUUUUCCGGUCUCUCUCGAACCUUGAGUUUUAUUGUUGACAAAAGUGUUGCUUCUUUUGAGAACCGUUCAAUCUUCAAUUGUAAACAGAAUGAUUAAUUUUCCAAACAAAGCACUGUAUACUCCAAUCAUUCCAUGGAGCAGUAUGGAUAUUCGUAUAUUUUCUCUUUCGCUCUUCACUAAUAGUUCUGUAAUAAGAUCCAAUAAAAAUAAACAUAAAAUUUAUGAAUAUAA